AUGAGCCAAGAGAAUAAAAAGGAAGCAUCAACAUCUCAAGAUGACGAACUCUUAGAGAUGUUCUUCGAUGAAGGUUUUGUUCCACAAGCAUACAUAGAUAUAUUCAUAUCCACACUGAAUGCCAACAAACCCAACCAAAUACAAACAGCAUCAUCAGCAUUAUUAGCAAGGUUAGAUUUCUACACAAAGUACCUAACUAAGGAAUUGGAAACAACUAUCUGGGACCUUGAAAAAUUAUCAGAAGCACUACCUGCAACUUUGAGCAGCAAUUGGCCAGCAAUUGAAGAUCAUGAUCCUACUUCAUUUGGUGCCUCGAAAUUGGAAUAUUAUAUAGAUACAUUAGGCAGUGCAGUGCGAGGACUAGAAACAGAUAUGGAUAAAGUUGAUAGUAAAUUAGAUGCCCUAAAUUCAAACUAUGAAAAAAAUAGUAAUAAUUUGAUGCAAAAAUUGAAGGGCUUAGAAACUAUAAAAUCAAGAUUAAAUAAUGUAUUACAAACAUUUAAUGAGUUGAAGAUUAUUUUAGAUAUAUCGUCAGAUGAGAAAGAUAAGGACGUUAAUCGGAGAAAAAUAGCGACCACGUCACUUGAUGAUUUUACGAUAUCCUUAAGAACAUUAGAAGAUACAAUUAUUAGUGCACUGAAUGAAUCGUUAGAUAGUGAGAAGUCAAAUGAGAUAAAUGAUGAACUUCUGAAAAGAAUUGACCAAUUGAAUGAUUUACUCCCAUUGUUUAACGGAUUCGAUAAAUUUAAUACAGUCUACUCUCAAUUCUCUACCAAUAUUAAACACGGAGUUAAAGAAUAUUUAAGUACGAAGGAUAUUGACGCUGAACUUGGUUCAUAA